AUGUAUCACCUCUCGCGACUAGCAGCUUUGGCUGCCACCCUGUCAACGGUCAUGGGCGCCUACCAGGGUUUCAACUAUGGCUCUUCGUUCACCAAUGGCGCUGCCAAGCAACAGUCUGACUUUGAAGCUGAGUUUCGAACAGCCCAGGGUCUCGUCGGUGCUCCUGCUGGAGGCUUCACCAGUGCCCGACUAUACACAAUGAUUCAAGGGGGUACGGCAAAUGCUCCCAUCUCGGCCAUCCCGGCUGCGAUUGCUACCCGAACAUCGCUGCUUCUUGGCCUAUGGGCUUCUGCUGGUGAUGCUGCAUUCGCCAACGAGCUACAAGCCCUCAGCUCUGCCAUUCAGCAGUACGGAGCUGCCCUUGGCGGGUUAGUGGCCGGUAUCUCCGUGGGUAGCGAGGAUCUGUAUCGCAUCUCACCUACCGGCAUUGAGAAUAAGGAGAACCCCGGAGCCGCACCUCUCACGAUUGCCCAUUAUAUCAAGCAGGUCCGUGACAUAAUCGCCAACACGGCUCUUUCCGGUGCCCCGGUGGGUCAUGUUGAUACCUGGACGGCCUGGGUCAACAGCUCCAACCAAGUAGUCGUGGAUGCUUCCGACUUCCUAGGCUUCGAUGGCUACCCUUAUUUCCAGAAAACGCAGCAAAACGACAUCGGCCAUAGCAAGUCCCUUUUCGAUGACGCUCUGGGCGCCACCAAGGCUGCAUCCCAAGGCAAGCCCGUGUGGGUUACGGAAACCGGCUUCCCUCUUAGCGGCAAAACUAUGGGCCAAGCCGUCCCUAGCAUCGCCAAUGCCAAAUAUUACUGGGACCAGGUUGGCUGCCCUCUGUUCGGCAGCACCAAUGUCUGGUGGUACACGAUGCAAGACUCUGCCCCGACGACUCCCAAUCCAAGUUUUGGUCUGAUCGGUAACACGUUGACAACAACUCCCCUCUUUGACCUCUCUUGUAACAGUAGCAAGCUGGGCCAAACCAGUUCUUCAUGGAUCAGUCCAUCUUCUGGAAUCAGCUUUGCUCUUUCGCAAACGGCGCAAUCGACCUUUUUGAAGCCAUCAUCGAUCUCGACGAUGUCAACUGCCACAUUUCUCAUGCCCGUUUCUAUCGUUGCUCCAAACGGUACGAUGUCUGUGGCUAGCUCUCCUUCGGGUACUAGCACAGCCGUGAGCACCGGAAGGGCAAGCUCCGUCAUGGCGUCGAUGGGGGAUGCGGUUGCUGUUGUGAUGAUGGUGAUGGCUCUUUUUGGUCUCUGA